AUGGGCCCUCCUUCUGUGCCUUCAGCGUUGUCCAUAAUUAGCCCUCAUGCUGCCUCAGGCUCUGGGCGCCCAUGGGGGCAGGGCACGGGCACGGGCAGGUGCUCACACCGAUGCCCUUCCUCCGCUCUCGUCUCUCCUGGGCUUCCUGGGGGGGCCCUUGCUGCUACGGCCAGAUCCGCCUCGGAAUCCUGGUCGAAACGCGGCUGGGGAGAGGCCCAGGUAAUUCUCGCAGAACCGGCGUCUCUCUGUGCCCCUAAGGUGCGGUUCGGCGCUGCCGUAAUCGACCGCCCGCCGCCCCCGGCAGACCUGGAGGAGGGCAACGGCAACGAGACGUUCGAGAUCCGGUACCUGUCGGACGAGGAGCGCAGCUACUACGUCAAGUCCUGGCUGCUCAUGGCGUCCCUGGAGGAGAAGAACAUGUCCGCAAGCGCCCUGGCGUUCCGCAACCAGCGCAUGUACGCCGGGAGGAGCCGAUUCGCCCUCGGCGUCUUCUUGGAGGACCGGCUGCAGGCUCUCGCCACCUGCGAGGAGCGCGCGGACAUCGGUGAGCUGAAGACCCCAGCCGGCGAGCUGCUCGUGCGCGCCCUCGCCGAGCUGGCCAGGGCGACCAAGUGCAGAGCCGAUUUCGAGCCGCUGAAGGGCACUUGCGCGCAGAUCGUGGGAUCCGGUGUGCACUCCUCGCUGGCUGACGCCCAGGGAGCCGUGCUCAUCGAGCCGGGGGGCCAGCUGGUGCCUUCUUGGGGUGGCGGCCGCGUGGGCGCGGGCGCGGGCGUUGAGAGGCUGAAGGCCCCAGCGGCAGCGAAAGAAGGCGAGCAGUACUAUUUGCGGCUGCUCUUGCGGAGCGUCUCAGGCAGCGAAGCAACCUCGUGGGAACACCUGGCUCGAUCCACCGACGACCGCGCGCCGCCGUCCUUCCAGGGCCACGCGCGACUGCUUGGGCUUCUUGCAGACGACGCCGAAGCUCUCAACGCAUUGACAGAGGCAUGCCGCAUCGUUCGAAGCCUCUCACGCAUCUGCGAGAUGUUUGCGCAAUUCCUGGUGUGGAUGGGCAUCAACGAUAAAGCUGCUUUUUGGACGUCCUUCCUCCUGCUCCUAAGUGAACGCCAUCAGACGACGGAUUCCUCGACCGCCUACCGAGCCGUGGGCGAACACUUGGCCAUGCGCGGGUGCUUCAUGUCGGAUUUCGCCGUGCCACCGCCGUCGCCCAAUGCUGCAUUUCCGCCUGCGGAGCGCGCCGCCCAAGAGUAUGCCAGAGAGCUGCGUUCACCAGAAGAGAUCUGCAAAGAAAUGGAUGCGUUCGACAGCCUUUCUCUGAACGACGAUCAACAGGCCAUCUUCGACUUCGCGCGUGAUCGCGUCGACGGCUGCAAGGGCGACGCUGCUGCGGACGUGACCUACAUCGACGGCCCUGCAGGAAGGGGCGAGACGCAUGUGUACAAGCAAAUCCUCCACUACGUACGCAUGACCGGCCGUGUCGCACUUGCAGUCGCGAUGUCCGGCGUCGCCGCUUUGCUACUCCCUGGCGGUCGGACGGCGCAUUCCCGGUUGCCUGUUCCUAUUCCCUUGGAAGGAUACAAGGCCAACGUGAAGCCUCAAUAUGCUGCAGCACGGCUUAUACGAGAUGCAGCCGUCAUUAUUUGGGACGAAGCCUCCACAGCAUCCCGUGCCAUGUUCGAAGCUGUCGACUCUUGCCUCCGGGAACGCUUCCACGACCAACGGCCUUUUGGGGGGAAGGCUGUCGCGCUCGGCGGCGACUUUCGACAAGCCCCGCCCGUGCUUCGGUGCAUCGGACGAGACGCUGUGUUCAGCCACACCUUGGCCGCCCUGCCUUGGUGGGAUUCGCCCCAUGUGCGAAAAUUUCGCCUGCGUCGCAGCGCGCGCGCGGACCUCGACUAUGCGUUCGCAGCCUUUUGUUUACGCGUGGGAGGCGGCGACUGCGACGGCCCCCCGCCCCCCCGCGUCGACGCCCCUCUUGACGUUCUCGCGCCCCCCGACUGGGCACCGCCGGCCAUGAUGGACUGGGUUUACGAGGGAUUCGACCAGGCCGCCCCCGCUCAGUGGCACCAGUGCUAUGCCGCUCGCGCCGCUGUCACGCCGACGAACGAAGCUGCGGAUUACCUCGAUGGCCUCGCGCGCGAGAGACUGCCCGCGGACGCCGAACUCGCGCCCCGCAGCCGCGACGCCGCUUGCGCCGAAGUCGACCGCGGGGACACCUGCACGCCGGAGAUGGACGGGCUGGACAUGCAGCAGCAGUUCAUCCGCAACAACUUGGGCCCUGUCAGGCCGGAUAUCGCUGCCGCUAAGAACCCCAUGGCCGAGCUUGCUUACAAGGCCUUCAGCAUCGUGGACAAGCAGAUGCUCAGCAUUGUCGACCUCGACUGCUGCGACAAGUUGGUCCUGCUCGGUGGCAUCCAGGUGAACACUCCGGAUGGCUUCCCCGACCACUUCGCCCCCAUGCGGCUCAGAGCUUGGCUGGCAUAA